AUGUACAAUGCUAAAAAAAAUUUAGAUGAUGAUGUUGCUGAGACGAAGCCUAAGUUACCGCAACUGCCUCCAUUAAUGACUAAGGAUGCAUCAGCUGGAGAUCAUCGUACACGAAUAGCUUGGACUCCCAUAGAUGAGCACCAGAUAAUCUCACCUAUGGCGAGUUAUACACCAUCAAAUAGCAGUAAUAAAAGUAGGAGGCGACCACAACCACCGGUGUUCAAUGAGUUGCAGAUUAAUAGUGGCGAAGGCAGUUCUGCGCAGCCUGCUAUCGAAGCUGGCACUAUCUAUUCAUUACACAACAAUGUUUCUACUCCUACUAAACCUGUGAGGGAUGAAGGGCGUUCGUCGUCCGAUAUUAGGAACAGGGUUUAUUGCUCGCCGCUGGUUGGUGAGAGUAAACUGCAAGGCACACCGGACAGUUUUGCGUCGAAUUGUUCGAGCAAUACGGGGACAUCUGGAUCUUUAGUGUACCUUUCUCCGUUUAUAGGGGAUACGACGUCUGCUUUCGUUAAACAAGUUCCAACCAAAAAUUCUGAGAUAUCAAUCAUGUCUGAUUAUGCAGAACUUCCUGAUAUUACAUUUGCUGAUGACGAGAGUAGCGGUACACCUCUACGACCUCUUCCCGCACUGCCCACUAUGGCAAAAUUGUCUGUGUCGGAUGACCCCCCGUUGGAUCAUAUGGUUGACAAAGAGGAGGAGGAGGAGGAGGAGGAGGAGCAAGAACAUGUAUAUUUUCCUGUUCCUCCUGCGAAUAAUUUUGGUACUACACGAGAAGUUGAGUCAUUUUUACACCCACCUACGCAGCUGCCAUUAAAUGCCAACCGCCGAAGGUUGCUUAGUGAUCGUACCUUUUCAGAGAGCAUUAGCAGCUAUUACUCGAGCAAUAGUUAUGCCUUCAAUGAAUAUGUGAAGCAUGGGAGUUUGGCGUCUGUGAUCGGAGGCAAACCUUUGGAGCAGGUUCCAACCGUCAAUGUCCCUACACAGCCGCUGAACAUUGAUUUGCUUGAUGAAAGUAAACUCUAUCAAUGUUAUUCUGUUUAUCAGCUUUCAGACAUCUAUGAAUGGCUUCUCAGAAUUUAUUUUGAAUGGUUCAAUGAGUAUAUAUUUGGAAAAAUUGAAUUUGUUCAACUUGUUCAGUUAUUGUUGGAAUUCCAGUUGCCUAAUACGUAUGAACAAGAAAUUAUCGAUAAGAAUGUUGACCGUAUAAUUGAAUCGCUCGUUCUGCAAGGUGCCGUGAGGUUUGAACCGAACUUCCAAUCGCCUGAAGAAGACGUAACGAUAAUAGUUGCCGGGUUAGAUAUUCAAGGUGUGUUCACUGACCUGCUCCCAUGUUAUUCUUUUGAUCACAAGCGAGGAAUAUCGAUAGAUGGCCGCUUUAAUUGUUAUUCAAGAAGAUGUAUUUCCCAGUUGUUUCAUGAAUCGAGGCCUGUGAUUAAGAUUUCAGAGGUGAUUAAUAAAUCUGUUGGUUUAUGGACUGAUUAUUGGAAUUUGACAGAAGAAGAAAUUUCUGAAAUUAAUCCUAAAGAAGUUCAAAGGCAAAGUUAUAUGUUCGAUCUUAUAGUUUUAGAGGAAAAGUCUCUGAACUUGGCACACGCAGCAAUAGAACUAUAUGGCAGCCGUUUCUCGCCAUCCCUUUUGCCCAAUGAUCGGAAUUUUUCGUCUUUAGCGUUUGAUAUCUUUCAUCCAUUGAUAGAAUUACACAAGGAGUUCUUACUAAUACCUAUUUUUGGUAAGCUUCAGACCCUAGGAAAAUUUAUUGACGGAAUUGGGAAAAUAUAUUUAAAGUGGUGUAAUGCAGCUCAAUCAAUAUAUUUGCAAUAUGCGGAGUCAAUGGCGGUGGCUCAUGAAAUUAUAAGUUGGGAGAAAAGUCAUAAUACUAUGUUCGCUACAUGGCUGAAAGAAAUUGAUAAGUCACCUGAAAUAACAAGAUCUAAAUUAUACCAUGAUGUUAUCUUUUUUGGAGGCUUUUUUAAAUCCUUACAAAAUAUGCCACUGACACUCCGCUCAAUAUUAAGAUGCACGGACCCUUCUUCUGAUGAUUAUGAAUUCCUGCAUAUGGCAACAUGUGAAAUUGAAAAGUUGAGUGCUCAGGUUGAUAAAGUACAUGGUGCAGCUAUUGAUCAGCGAAAAAUAAUUAGAUUUUCAAGACAGUUAUUUAUUGGAAGUAACAGCACCACUGUUAGUUAUGUUAAUAUUAUAGACAGUGGCACAGAGUUGUCAAACGAAGAAAAGUUAAAUCUAAAACUCACAGAGAAAACUAGAAAGUUAUUCAAAGAAGGAAUCGUUUACAAAAAGAGAGAUUUAUGGCUGGAACCCUCUGCCACAUAUGUUGUUUUGCUAGAUAAUUAUUUUUUAGUGACAGAAGUGGUUCAGAAGAAAAAUGAGAAAAAGUACAAACUCUCAGAGAGACCAAUACCAAUAGAUUACCUAAGCUUAGAGGCUAAGGAAGAUUUGAAGCUGUUACGUAAGGGUAUCGCAGAUAAAGAAGUAGUACUUCUGAAUACCAGUUCUUCAGAGCCAAGCGUCUCUAGUCCUGGAAAGACAUCCUCGAACAAAGAAUUAAGCCAAAACACUAUCAUAUCAAAAUCCGUCUAUAAAAAUUCUGCAAUAAACAGCUCUCCAGAGGAUAUUGAUAACCUACGGUUUUCAUUUAAGGUGAGGAACACGGCAACGAAUGAAUCGUUUACUUUCCUGACUACAACCCGAGAAGAGCGGGACUCUUGGGUUGCCUCCAUUGUAGAAAGUUUUCAAGCAAACAACGAUGACAAUGAUCAACAAAUAUUUCACUUGAGAUUGUUAUCUGAACAGUUUGGUUAUGAUGAACGACAAGCACCAACAAAUCUUCUUGUGGCGCCAGAAGGCUCUAUAAUUGACUUAGCUUUGCAAAAGCAUUAUUCGAUGGAUCAUCCGUCAUCUGAUCCCAUUUCAGCUGAUUUAAAGUGUUUUACGAAGUUUGUUUAUGAAUCGCAAACAUUUGUUCUUUGUGGAUCUAACAACGGUGUUUACAUGACUACAACUGAGAUGCCAAGUAGCUGGAAGCUAGUGGUAAAUGUAUCCAGAGUUUCGCACUUAGAAAUCAAUUGCAAUUUCAAUUUGCUGUUUAUUCUGACUGAUAAGAUGCUAUGUUACUUCAACAUUCCCUCCUUGAUGUGUUCAUAUUAUGAUCCUGAGCAGUAUUUGCCCAACAAUCAGAUGAUAGGUGUUAUGAUUAGGGACAAGGUUUCAUUUUUUAAGAUGGCUGAAGAUUUCGGUAAUUCAAGGCAGCUGUUCUAUGAAAGAAAAGGCAAGAUUAUUGUGCUGACUCCAGAAAUAGACAUCAUAACAGGGAACUUUAAAUUUUUCAAGGUCUACAAGGAAUACAAAUUAACAUUUAACAAUAGUUCCUUGAUUUCAUAUGAAAUUGAAGAUAUAGUGAUUUUCAAAACAAGUUUCAUCGUAUGUUCUUCAAGGGGUGCUUUGCUGUUCAAUGAAUCCUUCAAUGACGAAGGUAUCCCUCUACCAAGCACAUUAAAUGACCCUGAUCUUUCAAAUCGCCCAAAUUUACUAUACUUAUCGGCCAAUCCAUUUAAAACAAAUGUGGAAUCUUCUUCUAAGAGAGAUUCCUCUAAACUAAAGAUGGCCGACUAUGUUAGAAGAGAUAUAGCUGCAAACAAGACUAAACCAAUCACCUGUUUUCAAUUGAGCAAUAAUGAUUUUGUUAUGAUAUAUGAUGAAGCUGUGAUAAAAAUGAACAAGUACGGUGAAAUUGUCAAAUGGAAGGAGGAUAUCUUCGUAUUAGACUUUUACUGCAUUGAUGCCUGCAUGAACAACGAAUACUUAAUCCUGAUAGGAGAAAACCUGGUGCAAAUUUACGAUUUCAAUUACACAGGUAAUAUAAUGAACAACGCACUAAGCAAACUCACUCCGGUUCAAAUUGUAAAAGGUAAGAAAAUAAGACUGCUAAAUUCUCAAAAGCUAGCUGAAGCUGUAAUAGUUCUAAGCCACCCUGCCAUUCCAGGGAGACAGCUUCUUUUAGAAUUUUACAACACCGAGUAG